UGCCGCCCCAUCUUUCCGCGCCCCGGAGCCGCCAUGGACACGAGUCGCGUGCAGCCCAUCAAGCUGGCCAGGGUUACCAAGGUGUUGGGCCGGACCGGCUCUCAGGGCCAGUGCACUCAGGUGCGCGUGGAGUUCAUGGACGACACGAGCCGCUCCAUUAUCCGCAACGUGAAGGGGCCAGUGCGCGAGGGGGACGUUCUCACCCUGCUGGAGUCGGAGCGCGAGGCCCGGCGGCUGCGCUGAGCGGGAACUGGGGCCGCCCCUGCUCCCGAAUCGUCCGUCGAGGGAUGGAGCUCGUUCGGCCGUGGGGCGCGGAUGGGGAGGAGCAUAGCGGCCGUGUCACUGCAAUAAAGAGUUUUUCCAGUA